AUGGCUAAGGAAGCCGUACGUGUCGCUGAACUCGGCAUGAGUCGCUGCGCUACGGACGUUGGAGAUGUCGAAAAACAGCUAGUCGUCGACUGUCACACAGUUCUUCGGGAAGCCCAGGCUGCGUUCGAUGACUUGGAACCGCAAGAUCAAGCAGAGGUCGUGUGGGAGGCAGACGACAAUGAGACAAUCGAACCACCAGCCACGGACAAUGCAAGCGGCGGUAAGGAGGUAAAGGAAGUCCAGUCGGAUAAGGGGGAGAAGGAGGUGAAGGUGAAGAAGUCUCGCAGACUCCACACUGAUGAGAACAAGGUCAUCAGCGCUCCGUCGGAACCUCCGGCACUCGAACGCAAGCAGCAGCGCUUCGCAGAUCCGCAGAAGGAGACAGACGAGCCAGACGAGCCAGAGAAUGGCGGAGACGAUGCCAUGGAGAUGUGA